UCCCAGCCACUAGGAGCAACAAGGAGGGAGCCUUGCCCGGGUCCCAGCGUGGAGGAGGAAGCGUUCCCAAGUCCCAAGCCCACAACACAGACGGGACAGCCAAGAAACCGCGGGGAGUAGUAAUUUCACUCUACUUUUAGACUUUCUUCACAUGGGGAAAAGAAAUGACUUCAACAGCGAGCGAAAGAAGGGCGUUUGCUCAUAAAAUCAACCGGACGGUUGCCUCAGAGGUCAGAAAACAAGUUUCCAGGGACUAUGGAUCUCCUCAAUUGUCGAAGAAGCGAGGAGCAGCACACCUCCCUCUGCCCUUGACUGAUGUGGUGGAGCCCAUAGACUUCGAGGAGUAUGUGAGCAGCCAUGCCCCUGGGGUGGAGCCUGGGCCUCUGCGACAGCUCAUAGAGUUUCCAUCCGAUGAUCUGGAGCUCCUCCAUUUGGACAAAGAGUGCACUACACUGGAGCCCCCUCUGCCUGAGGAAGACGAUCCACUGGAUCCCAGAGUGAGAGACGCCUUGGCAGUCUACACAGAUGACUGGCUCAUCAUUCAAAGAAAAUACCAGAAAUACAGCACUGUGUACACACCUCAAAACUCUGAGCGACAGAGAGAGCGGCAGCGAGGGCUGGUCAAACAGACUUUUGAACUGGAUGAGGUCACCGCAGUAGAGCGCCAGGAUGAUCAGGAUGACGUAAAGCGCCGCUCCGUCAGUCUGGAUGAAACCCCGCGGGGCAGCUGGGCCUCCAGUAUCUUCGACCUGAAGAACUCAUCCCCGGAUGCGCUGCUGCCGUCUGUGCUGGAGCGCACGGCAGCUGAAGACCUGGACCGCCGUAACACAGAGUCACGGCAGCGGGACCGCCACAACGACCUACUUGGCCUCUAUGCCCCUCCUGAUGAGGAUGAGGCAGUGGAGAGAUGCUCAGUCCCAGAAGUGCCCAAAGAACAUUGUGGCCAGAGAAUCAUGGUCAAGUGUUUGUCUCUGAAGUUUGAAAUUGAAAUUGAGCCCAUAUUCGGGACCCUCGCCCUUUAUGACGUCAGAGAAAAGAAAAAGAUUUCAGAGAAUUUCUACUUCGAUCUCAACUCAGAUCCAAUGAAAGCCCUUCUCAAACCUCACACGCCUCACACCGCAAUCUCCACCCUGGCUCGAUCUGCCAUUUUCUCCAUUACAUACCCUUCUCCUGAUAUAUUCUUAGUCAUAAAGCUUGAAAAAGUCCUUCAGCAAGGCGACAUUGGAGAGUGCUGUGAACCGUACAUGGUGAUGAAAGAGUCCGAUUCUACCAAGCAUAAGGAAAAGCUGGAAAAACUAAAGCAGCAGGCAGAGCAGGCGUGCAGUCGUUUGGGGCGAUUUCGAAUGCCUUUUGCCUGGACGGCCAUUCACCUCCUGAACAUCGUGAGCAGUGUGGGGGGCCUGGAUCGACUGGACCCGGACUCUGACACUGAGCGGAAAGGUCAUGGGACGUGGAACGAAAGAAAGAAGAAAGGAUUUGAGCGGAUGAGUGUUGGUGAAGACAUGUGCAACUUUGCUUCUUUCCGUCCAGCCACUUUGACAGUUACAAACUUCUUCAAACAGGAGGGGGACAGACUCAGUGAUGAAGACCUUUACAAGUAUCUGGCUGAUAUGCGCAGACCAUCCUCUGUUUUGAGAAGGCUAAGGCCUGUUACAGCCCAGCUGAAAAUCGACAUCUCGCCAGCUCCAGACUCUCCUCAUUACUGUUUGUCCCCUGAGCUGCUGCAUGUGAAGCCAUACCCUGAUCUACGCGUGCGUCCUACCAAAGAGGUGCUGGAGUUCCCAGCCCGUGACGUGUACACGCCCCACACCACCUACAGGAAUCUCCUUUAUGUUUAUCCACAAAGUCUUAACUUCAACAGUCGCCAAGGCUCUGUCAGAAACAUCGCUGUGAAGGUGCAGUUCAUGGCGGGAGAGGACCCCAGCCAAGCUCUGCCUGUAAUCUUUGGGAAGUCGAGUUGUGCCGAGUUCAUGAGAGAGGCUUACACACCUGUCAUCUACCAUAACAAGACACCUGAAUUCUACGAAGAGAUGAAAAUGAAGAUUCCCGCCAACCUGACAGACAACCACCACCUCCUGUUCACCUUCUACCACAUCAGCUGCCAGCCAAAACAGAACACCCCUCUGGAGACCCCCGUGGGCUACACCUGGAUUCCGCUGAUGCAACAUGGCCGUCUGCGCACCGGUUCGUUCAGUUUGCCAGUCUCAGUGGAGAAGCCUCCGCCAAGCUAUUCUGUGCUCACCCCUGAUGUCCAGCUCCCGGGUAUGAAGUGGGUGGAUAAUCACAAAGCAGUGUUUAAUGUUGAGGUGACAGCGGCCUCCUCAGUUCACACUCAGGACCCGCACUUGGACAAGUUCUUCACUCUGGUGUAUGUUUUGGAGGAGUACUCGUUCCCGUUUCGACUGAAGGAUGUGAUCAUCACUGAAGCGAACAUGGAGGGCGAGCUCAAGGCCAGCAUGGCGGCCCUCAGAGGGGCUCAGCUCGAUAUCUGUGUCAGGUUUUUGCACCAGCUGCUCAACAAGCUCAUUCAACUCAUUGUGUAUCCACCAGUUAUUUCAGGACAAAUCGUGAACCUUGGUCGGGCUGCUUUUGAAGCAAUGGCCUUACUAGUGAACCAAAUCCACAAAAACCUGGAUGGAAACCAGGACCAGCACGGUCGCAACAACCUGCUGGCCUCAUACAUUCAAUACUGCUUUCAUUUGCCAACAGCUGAUCCCCCAAUUCCUCAUUCAGCUGCCCAGUCCUAUGAAAUGCCGAUGCAGUUUGCCACUUUGUCCAGAGCCACUGGGCGCCCAAGCAGCCUCCAUCUGUCGAGAUCAAAGAGCAUCAGUAACUCAAACCCAGACCUAGUCACCACUCCUGUCUCUCCUGAUGAGGAAGUGCAACGUAUUAUAGGAAAUAAGGGCAUUGACCGCUCUCACUCCUGGGUAAACUCUGCUUAUGCCCCCGGGGGCUCCAGAUCUGUCCUGCGCCGGAACCCCAACUCCAGCUGUGAUCUCAAGCAGGCAAACGACAGCGGCAGCAAUCGCAUGUCUUCUUUUCUGGACAGCGUGGCCUUGUUUUCAGUGCCCACGAGGCAGAUUGCCAAAAAGUUGCUCCAUGAAGAGCUGGCGUUGCAGUGGGUGGUCAGCACCAGCACUGUGAGGGAGGCAGCGCUGCAACAGGCCUGGUUCUUCUUCCAGCUCAUGGCAAAGAGUAUGGCCCACCACUUAUUCCUGACCUCAAAAUUAGAUGCUCCCAGGAAGCUGCGGUUCCCAGAUCGUUUUGUGGAUGACAUUGCUGCACUUGUUUGUGCCAUCAGUGCAGACAUUGCCACUCGAUAUCAUAAGGAUGUGGAGCUUGUGGAGAGGCUGAACAGCAGUCUGGCCUUCUUCUUGAAUGACUUGCUGUCUCUUGUGGACCGUGGCUUUGUUUUCAACCUCAUCCGCACUUACUACAAACAGAUUUCAAACAAGCUUCACACAUCCCAGAACCCCAGUGCUCUGAAUGCCCUGAGGAUGGAUUUCAUGCGUAUUGUCUGCAGUCACGAGCACUACGUCAUCCUCAAUCUGCCGUGUUCGACUCUGAGCCCCCCAGCCUCCCCCUCCCCUUCCACCUCCUCUACAACCUCACAGAGUUCAGCCUUUUCAAGCAUGGCGCAGGACCAGCGGGUUGCCAGCAUGUUUGAGCUCUCCGUCCCGUUUCGGCAGCAGCACUUCCUGUCUGGACUGCUCCUCUGUGAGCUCUCUCUCAUCCUUGACCCUGAAAGUGAAGGGGCUUUCUUCCUCCAUAAAAAGGCUAUUAGCGCUGUUCACUCCCUGCUGUGUAGCCACGACGCAGACCCACGCUUUAGCGACACUCAGGUCAAAGCUCACGUGGCUCAGCUCUAUCUGCCCCUUCUGCCUGUCGUCAUGGAGAGUCUGCCCCAGCUCUACGACUUCUCUGACUCAGCAGCCAGGGCCCGGCAUGCAUCAGCCCACACGGACGACGUUGACCCCGACGGCAGCAGCACCAUCAGUCAGUCUGUUGCCAUGGCAAUCGCCGGCUCUCCUCUACCACACGCCAAAGCCAACCCGUUUGUGUUGCCGACAGUGGCUGGGAGGCAGUCCAGCUCCCUGUCAGCCGAGUGCAGCCGGACUCUGCUCUUGUGUUUCCUUUGGGUGUUGAAGAACGCUGACGCCGCCCUGCUGGAGAGAUGGGUGUCCGAUUUGUCCAUCCUACAAAUCAACCGCCUCCUGGAUCUGCUACAUCUUUGUAUAUCCUGCUUUGAAUACAAGGGCAGAAAGGCUCUCGAGAGAAUGAACAGCCUGACAUUUAAAAAGUCCCAGGACAUGAAGGCUCGACUAGAGGAGGCGAUUUUGGGGACCAUCGGAGCCCGUCAGGAGAUGGUACGACGCUGCAGAGAGAGGAGUCCCUAUGGCAGCCAGGAGAAUGUGAGAUGGAGGAAAAAUGUUACGCACUGGAAGCAAAACACUGACAGAGUUGAUAAAACUAAGACUGAAGUAGAGCAGGAAUCUGUUGUGGAUGGAAACUUGGCUACUGAAGCAUCUUUAAUAGUCUUGGACACACUGGAGAUUGUUGUCAAGACUGUGGUAGCCUCAGAGCUGAAGGAGAGUGUACUGGGUGGUGUGCUCAGAGUUCUUCUUCACAGCAUGGCAGGCAACCAGAGCGCCCUCUUCCUGCAGCACUGCUUUACUACACAAAGAGCACUAGUAUAUAAGUUUCCAGAAAUGCUGUUUGAAGAAGACACUGAGCUUUGUGCCGACCUGUGCUUACGUCUCCUGCGUCACUGCAGCAGUAGUGUGGGCUCUGUCCGAAGUCACGCCUCUGCCUCCCUCUACCUGCUCAUGAGGCAAAACUUUGAAAUAGGGAAUAACUUUGCUCGAGUAAAGAUGCAGGUGACGAUGUCCUUGUCAUCUUUGGUUGGUACAUCUCAAAAUUUCAAUGAGGAGCAUCUUCGUCGGUCUCUUAAGACGAUUCUGACUUACGCAGAGGAGGACCUGGAGCUACGGGACACACCUUUCCCUGAGCAGGUUCAAGAUCUUGUGUUCAAUUUGCACAUGAUUCUUACUGACACUGUGAAGAUGAAGGAGCACCAGCAGGACCCAGAGAUGCUCAUUGAUCUCAUGUACAGAAUUGCCAAAGGCUAUCAAAACUCUCCCGACUUGCGUUUGACCUGGCUCCAGAAUAUGGCAGGGAAGCACUCGGAGAGAGGGAACCACGCUGAGGCUGCUCACUGCCUGGUCCACAGCGCUGCCCUGGUGGCAGAAUAUCUGAACAUGCUUGAGGACUGUCGCUAUCUGCCCAUAGGCUGUGUCACGUUUCAGAAUAUCUCCUCCAACGUGCUGGAGGAGUCUGCUGUAUCCGAUGACGUCCUGUCCCCUGAGGAGGAGGGGAUCUGCGCUGGGAAGUACUUCAGUGAAUCGGGUUUGGUCGGCCUCCUUGAGCAAGCAGCUGCUUCUUUUAACAUGGCCGGGAUGUAUGAAGCCAUAAAUGAGGUCUACAAGAUCCUGCUGCCCAUCCACGAAGCCAACCGAGAGUUUAAAAAGUUAGCCACUGUCCACGGAAAACUGCAAGAUGCCUUCAAUAAAGUCUACAAUCAAAGCUCGGGAUGGGAGAGGAUGUUUGGCACCUACUUCCGGGUUGGAUUUUAUGGAUGUCACUUCGGAGACCUGGACGAGCAGGAGUUUGUCUACAAAGAGCCAUCAAUCACAAAAUUAGCUGAGAUCUCUCACCGACUUGAGGAGUUUUAUUCUGAGAGAUUUGGAGAUGAUGUGGUAGAAAUUAUCAAAGGCUCAAACCCAGUGGACAAACACAAACUUGAUCCCAACAAGGCCUACCUCCAAAUCACUUAUGUAGAGCCUUACUUUGACACCUAUGAACUGAAAGAGCGGAUCACGUACUUCGACAAAAACUACAACCUGCGCACCUUCAUGUACUGCACCCCCUUCACUCUGGAUGGACGCGCCCACGGAGAGCUGCACGAGCAAUACAAGCGUAAAACCAUCUUGACCACGUCUCACGCCUUCCCCUACAUCAAGACUCGCAUCAAUGUCAUCCACAAAGAGGAGAUUAUUCUUGUGCCCAUUGAGGUGGCCAUUGAGGACAUGCAGAAGAAAACUCAGGAGCUUGCAUUCGCCACAAACCAGGACCCUGCUGAUUCCAAGAUGCUUCAGAUGGUGCUGCAGGGCUGUGUCGGCACCACUGUCAACCAGGGCCCCCUUGAGGUGGCGCAGGUCUUUCUGUCUGACAUUCCCGACGACCCCAAACUCUUCCGCCAUCACAACAAACUGCGCCUCUGCUUUAAAGACUUCACUAAGAGGUGCGAGGAUGCCCUCAAGAAGAACAAAGCUCUGAUUGGUCCGGACCAGAAGGAGUACCAUAAAGAGUUGGAGAGAAACAACAAUAAGUUAAAAGAAGCACUGGGGCCUCUUAUCAACCGCAAAAUCCCACAGUUGUACCAAGCGCUGCCGGCUCAGACAGUGCAAAUACAAAGGAACUCAUACGGCCGGUCCAGUCUGCGCCGGGUCGACUGCUGAAACGUCAAACAAGUCAACCGUUCAAAUAAACAAGCUUUAAAGACGUCGCCCCAUCUCCUCUCGACUGCUCCCCCCUCCCCCCGCAGAGCAGCAACUGUCCCGAGCACACGCACGCACCAUCCUGUCCCAGGUCGCACCCCCCACAGGCAGCCGGCCACCCACUCUUCCCAUAAUCCUCUCUGUAGCAGCUAGCACACACAGACAAAACACACACUUGUCACCUAUUAGCAUAUUAGACCUCCACUUGACCAGUCUGCUCCCCACCACCUCUGUCCAAACACCACCAUAUUGUUUAUACUGGGGGUUAUCUGCUCUGUAAAUCUCAUUAUUUACAGAAAGGACUCCCCCCAUAGAGCUGCACAAUAUAGUAGAUACCAUAUAUAUAGCUGGAAACUCUUGAAUAUAAUUUUUCAAUUGCUUGUUGCCUUUUAGGGGUAUCUACUGCAUAAAACUGACACAAAUCUCUCCCACUAACUCUGAGGACUGCCAUAUACUGUACAUGUUUUUAAAUACAAGUAUAAUUUUAGUUCAAUAUUUUAGGGUCCUGAUCAGGAUCAAUAUUAAGCUCAAAAGUAGACCCAAAAAUACAAAACAUUUGAAUCAACCCAUAUUUUAAUUUGCCAGUGUUAUCUUUGUCUAUUAUAUGGGACCAUAAUAUUGUCAUGAACAGACAUUUUCUAGCAAACUACCUUUUUAUUAGUGUGAUAAAGCUAAAUGUUCAAUAUACGCUACACAGUACACUAAACAUUCCAAAUUGUUUAUUUUAAUACUAGGCUCUUAAUGUAAUUAUACUACUGUAGUAUUGGGCUAACAGAAGCAGGUAGUCUUUCUAAUGGAUUUUUUUAAACAUUUGACCAAAUGUCUUGCAUUCCUUCUUUUCCCAGUCAAUGUUUUCUAUUUGCUCACUUUUUUUACAUUGUGGAAGUUUGAUAUGGGAUGGGGACUUUAUUAACUGUGAAAUACGCACUGUACUCGCAUAAGACAAAACGCUAUGCCCUUUAACUUCAAAUGUAUAAAAUGUGUAAACCAAGAUCUUACUGAAGCCUUAAUGCAUUAUAAUGUGAGGUUUAUGGCAAUUUAUCUUCGACUGUUUAAAAAAACAGUCUGAAAGCACUCCAAAUAUCAAAUGUAUGUCUGACUCUGCACAGCUGUGGGAGAAAAUGUAUCUACUGUAUCUAUGUAUUGCACUAUUAUAAAUGUUAAACUGUGGCACAACACUGUAUUUCUAAAACAUCAUUUUUACAAGCCUGGAAAUGUUUUUUACUCUUUAGUUAAAUAUUUUAUUUAUUUACAUUUUUACUGCUUUCAAUUAAAUCCUUCUUUCUACA